AUUUGAUUCGUUAAAACACAUUGAGAAAACUAAAACAUUCAGAAUCCACUUUUGUCAUGGCAGGUUCUUGUUCUUCUAAUCGACCACAAGACCUGUUCAUCUCCUUCUUCUUCUUCUUCUUUUUGUUCUUACCAUUUCUCAGCUUCGCACAAGAACCUGUCGUCAACGUAAACGGUUCUGUCUGGGACUUCCCUUCACAUUCUUCAUCUUCAUCCCCACAAAGCACCUUCUCCAAAAACCUGAACAGUCUUGUCGCCUCAAUCCCUUUGCUCCAUGCCAACACCUACAACUUCUACAACCUCUCGGUCGGAGACAUCUCGGAUCAAGAUCGAGUAGAAGCCAUCGGAGUCUGCAACAGAGUAGUCACAUCAGUAGAUUGUCGUUCCUGCGUCUUCCAAGCCGCACUAAAUCUAACCUCCUCUUCACAACUUAGAGAAGGUUACUGGAGGUCCACGAAUUGUAUGUUUCGCUACUCGGACAAUCCCAUUUUCGGAAUACUCGAAACGAAUCCUGUGUUCGAGGCACUAAACCCGAACAAAUCAACGGGUGAUAGGGACGAGUUCAUUCGGCUACAGAGCGAUUUACUGAACCGUAUCAGAAAACGUGCUGCAGCAGGUGGAUCUAAGAGGAAGUAUGUUCAAGGAAGUGGUCCUGGUCCUAACUCCUCGACACUCUUUGGUGCCGUGAUGUGCACGCCGGAUUUGUCUGAGAAAGAUUGUAACGACUGUCUCAUCUUUGGUUUCGCAAACGCUACAAGAGGGAGAUCAGGGCUCAGAUGGUUUUGUCCCAGCUGUAGUUUUCAGAUACAGACCAACUUGAGAUUCUUCCAUCUGGAGAGUGAGUAUGAGCCUGAUCCACCAUCGGACCAAGAACCAGGUCUUUUACAUAACUGGUCGCAAGGAGUAGACAAAACCGUUAUUAUACUCGCCACUGUUGGCUCUGUUGUUGGUUUUUCCAUAUUCGUUAUCUUCCUUUACUUCAUAUUGAAAAGGAAGCAAAGAAAGGAAAAACAAAGACAUGAAGGAAAAGAAGAUGUUGUAGAGAAUCAGAUUAUAGAUGAAAACGUAUUGCGACUCGACUUUGAUACCAUCCGAUUAGCAACUGAUGACUUCUCUCCUGGCAAUCAGCUUGGAGAAGGUGGCUUUGGUGUAGUUUACAAGGGUGUUCUUGAUUCUGGAGAAGAGAUAGCCGUGAAAAGAUUGUCAAUGAAAUCAGGACAAGGAGACAAUGAGUUCAUAAACGAAGUCUCGUUAGUUGCCAAACUUCAUCAUCGAAAUCUUGUUAGGCUUAUAGGUUUCUGCCUUGAGGGGCAAGAAAGGCUACUCAUAUAUGACUUAUUCAAGAACACAAGCCUUGACCAUUUCAUAUUUGAUAAUGAUAGGAGAAUGGUAUUAGAGUGGGAAACACGUUAUAAGAUAAUCGCAGGUGUUGCUCGAGGUCUUCUUUACCUCCAUGAAGAUUCUCGUUUCAAAGUUAUUCACAGAGAUCUUAAAGCGAGCAAUGUUCUAUUGGACGACGCAAUGUAUCCAAAAAUAUCGGAUUUUGGAAUGGCUAAGUUGUUUGAUACAGACCAACCAUGUCAGACUAGGUUUACAAGCAGAGUGGCAGGAACCUAUGGUUAUAUGGCUCCAGAAUACGCGAUGAAUGGGAAAUUCUCAGUGAAAACCGACGUGUUUAGCUUCGGUGUACUAGUUCUUGAGAUCGUUACAGGCAAGAGAAAUAAUUGGUCUCCUGAAGAUAAAAGCUCAUUGUUCCUCCUUAGCUAUGUAUGGAAAAACUGGAGAGAAGGGAGAGUGUUAAACAUUGUGGAUCCAAGUCUGAUUCAGACAAGAGGUCUAAGUGACGAGAUCAUGAAAUGCAUUCACAUUGGUUUGUUGUGUGUUCAGGAGAAGGCAGAGAGUAGACCAACAAUGGCUUCUGUUGUGUUAAUGCUCAAUGCAAGUUCUUUUACUUUACUGAGACCCUCACAACCUGGUUUCUACCCAGGAGAUGGAGAAUCAACAAGUAGUUCUCCACCGACGAUGACUUUGAAUAGUGUUACAAUCACAAAGGUAGACCCUCGUUAAUUAGUAUGUAAAGACAAAAACUAAGAAAGUCAACUUCGGAAAAGUAUUCUUGAUAUCAAUUGCUGACCAAAAGAUUUGUUUAAGCUUGUGGUCUCAAUUGGUAAUCGCUGUCUGCCUUUGUGGUGAAGAUUCAAAUCCUUGCUUUGACCGCA